CAGAAAGAUCCUUAAAAAAAGUUUUAUUUUGCUGCUAUAUUCUGAUACCAAGAUACCUUUAGGUGGUCACGGAGGAGGAAAUAUUGUUUCACAAAGGGAAAAAGCACAACCGUGAGAACAUGAAAGCUGGCUAAGUGGCCGAUGUCAUUUUUGUAAGACACGGCACUGCUGAUUUGUCUCCAAAACGCCAUCUUUGACCCAUUUUGGAAAGAGAUGACAUUUGAGAAAUUUACUGGGCCAAGCAGUCUUUAAAAAUUAGUUGAAUUUUUUUGGGAAAUGCAGAUACUACAGGUCUAAAACAACACUAGCAGGUAAGGUACUAACAACAUACAUUUCACCGUUUCAGCAGUUUCAGAAACGUUUAGCUAAGACGACGACACUACUAGUAUUAAAUAUAAUAGGUUUGUUGCAGGCAGGAGUUGAUUUUCACCAUUUCAAGCCCCCUAAUCACGCUAAACGGUACUGCUUAUCAUAAAAAAGAAAUAAUCAGGGUGAUAGGCCUCAGGAGAAGUUUCAGUGCGGUAAACUAAAUUUAAAAUUCAAACGUCAACACGCAUGAAGGCUGGUUUUCACUAGCGACGGAGUCGGAGUCGUAAGCGGAGUCGUAAGAGCGCUUAUGAGGCUAGUGAAAAUCAAAAAUCGGAGUCGUAAGCGGAGUCAUAAGCGCGACGGAAUCGGAGUCAGAAGAAUCAGAACAUUUCCAUUUACUUCCGACUUCGCUUACGACUCCGCUUACGACUUGUGAUCUAGGGGCGCUUUCCAUUCAACAAAAAUUCCGGUUUGAAAUUUCGGCACACUCAUAAUUACGCUCUAAAAGAGAAAAGUAAAUACUGUUUAUAUCCUAAAGAACACUCGACUGUCGAAAAGGGACGGUGGAAAACUAAAGGCCGAGGAAUCCCAUUUCGUGUAGAAAGCCUAUGAAGGCAAGUGAAGGUAAAAAAUUCUUGUGAAUUGAAGCGAUACGUUUCUCAGAAUAUUCGAACGAUUCGAAGCAAUUCCUGGAACUGUACGGUAAAUAAAUUCGGUGUUUUAGCCAAUUUGUAUUCAGCCAGGCUUUGUUGUAUUCAUUUUAGCUUAAUUGAUAAAUUGCUUUAGUUAAAUAUCGUCGACAGGUUUCAGACAAAUAACACGCGUACGCUGAUUCUCACGGACUUUUAUACAACUGUAGCUUGAUUUCACACACUUUUUUUCACCUACUUGUCGUGUUGCGUCAGUUAUUUGACACUGUUAAUGGUAAAUAUCAAAAAUCGAAAAAAAUUGCAACUGAUUCAAACUAUUUGAGAUGGGAUGUUACUAAAACGGGGAAAGGGGAGCGGGGAACGGAAGUCUGGGAACGAGUUGUCAGCGGAAACCUCCACAAAAAUCCAAAAUGGCGGUCUAAAACACGAGAGAGAGAAAGAAGAAGACAAAGAAAGGAAUUCGUGCCUUGGUUGAAAUCAGGUGGGGAUGAAAUUGCAAAUCAGACUCACAUUUUACGUUUACGUUCUGAGCAGGUGGUAUGUUUUUCGAUAUUCAACCUGUUUCAUUUACAAUAUGAUAAGGUCUUAGGUCUUAGUUUUCGAGACACCUGGCACACUCACAUUACUCCUGGAUUACUCCGUUUACUUUAGACCGUCGCUUAAUCCUGCCUGUUUACCCCCCUGAAUGUUCUUUUUUCCACUCAGACAAACUCUUGGAGAGUAAAGGUUUUAUCCAAGAACAUUAUAUGCCCUGUUUUUAGAAUGCUUGGUAAAUAACUCGCAGGCAUUGUAAUGAGAAAUAAACGUGGAAUUUAUUAAUGCAUGUACAUAUAGUGUUCUCGCGUUCUGUGCUUGAGUCAAACUUUGUACAGCUAUUAGUAUUUAAAACUAACGGCUAAAACUUUUUUUUUUUUAAUUUUUUUAUAACUGGGAAAGCUUGUUGUUGUUGUUAGUGUUAUAUUAAAGUCAUUGAGUGAUGAAUUAUGAAUCGUUUAAGGUGGCUCCGUAAUUAAUACAAGAGCAUUUAGCUGUGACAAAUUUUCCGUCAUAACUUUUUCGAUUUUAACGCGAUGGCUGCGAAACUUUGCAAAGAACAACAUAUAUAAUUCGGCAAUAAUAGGGAAUAUUCCGAUUUUAUUGAUGGUAAAUAUUUCUUCAGAAAUUUGCCCUUAAAAGGACGCUAAUGGUCCAAUGAAAUUGCGUCUAGUAAAAAAUUUUGCUGAUAUUUUUUACUGAAAUUUCUGGUAUCGGCUUUAAUUGAUAUAAUAAAUAUGCCAGAGGAAUUUCAGAAAAAUCGUUGGAGUAGAAGUCCGUGACUAAAAGUCGCUCAAAAUUCAGCUGUGAAAUUGUUUUGGAAUUUCAAAAAUAAAUUACUAUCAGGAAGAAGGAGCCACCAGUUUGAAUUUUCGGGACAAGUAAAUUCAAUGUUUGCUAAUUCUUAAAACAAAAACCGAUUGCCUGUCGUGCUAUUCUUUAAAAGGUACUUUUCAGUUUUAGAAGCACUAUUAAUUGCUCCAAACCUUGCUCUGACGUCGAAUGACUUGUUCCUCGACAUUUUUAAAAUAUCCCUUUGCAGUUUUGGUUCAAACUCUUGCUACAUACAUUUUGAUGUAUUGCAAUGCAUCCUCAACGGGUAUUCUUGCUGUACGUUGUUGCCAACUCAGGAAAAAAGUAUUGAAAUUGUAAGCUACCUUGUAUCGAAGCUCAGAUAGAACUGUCCAGCACCUUUGUUUAUGACCAGAAAAUGAGCACGAGCGGCAGCUCUGCGAGGAAUUUGCACCUCAGCCAGGGGGGAUGAAUGACAAUGAUGCCCAUGUCUAUGAACCGAUCUGUAUAAACAUGUAUUGCAGAGUAAAACAUAAUAAUCAAGAAAAAAAAAAUACCCAUUCAUUGAAGGAAGAAGUGACAAAAAUUUCAGAGUUGUAAAUUUAUUCGCGGGCAGUAUUUUUGCGAUAAUUUUAUUUUGCACUGUGAUGUUAUUCGGUUCACAGGCAUGGUCAUCAUUGUCGUUCGUCCCCCCUGGGUGAGGUGCGAAUUCCUCGCAGAACUGCCGCUCGUGCCCAUUUUGUAGUCAUAAACAAAGGUGCUGGACAGUUCUACCUGAGCUCUGAUACGAGGUAGCGUCCAAUCUCAAUACUUUUUUCCUGAGUUGGAAGCAACGAACAGCAAUAAAAGUCGUUGAAAAUGCAUUGCAAUACAACAAAAUGUAUGCAGCAGGAGUUUGAGCCAAAACUGCAAAGGGAUAUUUUAAAAAUGUCGAAGAACAAGUCAUUCUACUUCAGAGCAAGGUUUGGAGCAAUUUAUGGUGCUUCUAAAACUAAAAAGUACCUUUUAAAGAAUAGCACGAUAGGCAAUCGGCUUUUGUUUUAAGAAUUAGCAAACGUUGAAUUUACUUGUCCUGAAAAUUCAAACUGGUGACUCCUUCUACCUGAUAGUAAUUUAUUUUUGAAAUUCCAAAACAAUUUCACAGCUGAAUUUUGAGCGACUUUUAGUUACGGACUUCUGCUCCAACGAUUUUUCUGAAAUUCCUCUGGCAUAUUUAUUAUAUCAGUUAAAGCCGAUACCAGAAAUUUCAGUAAAAAAUAUCAGCAAAUUUUUUUAUUAGACGCGAUUUUCUUCGAACAGUAGGGUCCUUUUAAGCGCUAAUUUCUCAAGAAAUAUUUACCAUCAAUGAAAUCGGAAUAUUUCGUUUUAUUGCCGAAUGAUAUAUGUUGUUCUUUGCAAAUUUUCGCAGACAUCGCGUUAAGAACCAAAAAGUUAUGACAGAAAAUUUGUCACAGCAAAAUGCUCUAGUAUUAAUUACGGAGCCACCUUAAGGUCAGGGUUUGGCAUUGAAAGCAGGGUUAAGCACUGACUUCAAGAAGGUGGUGGACAAAACACUGACCCCCAUUCCAUGAACUACCCCCAAUGACUACCCUAAAAUGGACUAUGCCACUGAAGUUAAGUGAUUAGGGUUAGGAAACUGAGUGAAUCAGGUUCCAUUUAGGGUCAUUAUACUGGGAAAACUGACCUGAAACUUCAUUCACUCAGUUUCCUAACCCUAAUCACUAAACUUCAGCGGUGUAGUCCAUUUUAGGGUAUGUCCGUGAAGUGUGGGUCAGUGUUUUGUCCACCACCCUUCAAGAAGUGUUUAUUCAGGUUUGUCACUAUAUUAAUUUUACUGUAUGUACCAGUAUUUGUUUAAAGCAGAUAGUAGCAGUUAAUCCGAGAUAUUUAAAGUUUUUCACUUGACUCAUGACUCAUCAACUCAAUUAUUUAAUUGGCUCUAUAAUUUCAACUCCUUGACCAAUAACGUGGCCUAAUUUUAAACCGGCAUUUUCUUGGCCUUUACUAGAAAUGCCAAAGCUCAUUUAGUGCAUGUUUUUUUCUAAUAUAAACACAACAAGUUAUACUGUCAGUCCUCUACUAUACCCCCACCUGAAUGCUUAGGCCAAUAUUACAUGGCACAAGGCUAAAGAGAGUGAGAGACAUACUAGAAAUGCCGCACUGACUACUGCCAACAUAUAGCAUGAUUUGUGCCAAUUCCUUUUUGUGCCAAGGAAGUGGUACAUUCAUGGUUGUCUUGUUGUAGUCCUCUAAGGAGAGGGAGGCUGAAUAGAGGAUUUACAGUAAAAGGUCUAAACGGAAUUUUUGCCAGUUCACUCUCUAUGGAGAUGAAACGGUUUGAGGCAAUUGUUCAGUUUUCCCCUUAUAACCUAGUUAUGGUCAAAAGAUACAAAUAUCAAAAUCAAUCUGAAAUGUCAUUCUGAAUAUAAAAUGGGUGUAAAAGCAAAUUCUAAUCAUUUUUUUAAAGAUACUCCUUUGUUGUGAAGGAUUUUGGUAGAGAUCUCUUGACUAUCACAAUUUGCUGGCAUAGCAUGGGCAUAGGGUUCUAUUAUCAACCCGUUAUCGCUUGUUAUAAAGAAAUGAACUGGCCCCCUUUUUGCGAAAGAGUAAUGUAUAUGAAGGGAACUAUACAAUAUCAUAAAAGUAUUUAGGUGGCCACUUACGAAUUUAAACUGUCUCAGACAUGUUAGUUUAUACCUAACCCAUUCGGUUAACUCAACAUAAUGAUUCUAGUCAUACCGACUCGUACCUUAACCCUCUAAGCUUCAUUAUCCACAUACAAAUAACAUUGUCCACACUUAUCUCUUUACAUUUCCUUAAAGAUUUAGAUGACAGAAUUUGGUUGAGGAUUAAAGCAUUUUCCCUUUGGUGAUUAUUUCAUUACUUGUCAUAAACAUUCCUCUGGAUAAUGUAUUGAUAUUGUUUCGAGAAAAUUGAUUUCGGUCGAUCAUGGGACUUGAAGAGUUAAAUUUUCUUUUACUUUGAUCUUUGAUAUGUUAAAACAACCUCAUCUAAGGCAAUAACAUGGUGUAAUCUGGAUAAGCAAUUAGCUUAUCCCACUUCUUUUGGCUGAUUUUAAAACUUAGCCUUGGACUCUUUCAUUCUAAAGUAAACUAAGAAAAUGUGAUGAUUUUAUAAUGUAAACUACACUCACAAAACAUGUUGAAAAGCACUGUAUACAAUAGUGAAUAUGCAUCACUAAAACCAAGCACAACUAAAUCAUAAUUAUUUUCACGGCACCUUCAUUUUUUUGGUUUCUCUUUUUUCCUUAAUCUGUGCCAGUACAUGCCGAAUUCUGUAUUAUUUGGCAUGCUUGACACAAACAUCUUCUGACCUUUGAUAACAUGACAUGUUAUUGUACCUUACAAGCAGAGGAAAGUGAAAAUGGGCCGCAGACGUGUCAUCUAAAACAGGGCAUAUACUUGUGCACCAAUACAAUUGUAAUUUUUCCCACUUUAAGUAUCUACCCUAAGAGGCCGACUAGAUUUUUCUGCAAGAAAGUAAAUUUGAAAGACUGGUCACCUGACGUCCUUUUUGGGUGCGACAUUACCCCGUCUUUGGUCUUUGGCGUCUUCAGAUUGCUUAUUUUAUGAUACUCUUGACACAUGAUCAUAGUUACUAACCCUCAAUAUGUUUAGGUUAAUUUUGUUUAAAACUUGAACGUUUCUAAACGUCACUUCUACUAGGACGGGCCAUAACUCAGCAGGAUUGAGUGAACCUGUAUGGAACGACAACAUGUGUAAAUGAAAAAAGGUGGAAAGUUUCUUCUAAUACAAUGGGGGGACAUGUGGUAGUAGCGGUUUGAUUUCCGUCCAAGUCGCCACUGCAUGUUUUGCUUCUCCCAGUACCAGUCAGCCUCAGGUCUAACAAGGAUGUAAUGGUCAUCAGGGGGCGUUGCUGGCAGGAAGUGUUGUUUACAGCCGUAGCAUUUUCUUACAUUUCCCCAAAUUGUUCCCACUUGAUAUGGGACAUUUCCUUUAAGAAUAAGUUGAGAGAAUUUGAUAAAAGAUCAAAGCAUUUUUUCUCUUUGGUGAUCAUUUUGUUAGUUCUCAUAAAUUUAUCUAUUGACAAUGUAUGGAUAUCAUUAGGAGAAAAUUGUUGUUGGUCACUAUUGUGACUUAAAGGCUUAAUAGCUGAUUCUCCAAUUUGUAAUCAAUGACUAAUCAAUACCCCACAAAAUGUUAGCUAGUUCAUCAAUCAUAGAUAUAUCAUAGGCCUUGUCAAAUUGGCCAAAACAAAAAAUAAUACAGCCCCCUCCCUCCAGCAUUUUGAUUAGGAAAGUAAAAUACAGGCAAUGUUUUGAUGGUGCAGAGAAACACGUUUGAAAUAGGAAACUUCAUGUAAAGCAAAAUGUGUAAAGGGUCAUAGAUCUUUGUAUCUCAGGUGCAAAGAAAGUCUUGACAAUGUUAAUGCUCACUGGGAACUUGCUUAAAAAUUUACCUUGGUUCGAAUUUUAUUUUCCUUAACCCAGGAAAUAGCUACAUAAAAGGGGGUCAAAAGAAAAGUAAAUAAUUAACCAAGGGUAAAAUUGAAACAAUAACGUCAAUUUUGUGUCAGGAUGGUAUGACACAAGGUGUAGUGUCAGCUUCAAGUUUUAAAAAAUGAGAGCAAGUGUUUUGACUUUGAUGAUGAUGGUAAUGGUAGUGGCAAUGAUAAUCUUAUGAUCAGGAAAAGAUAUUUAAACUAUCUAGAUAAAUAAAUAACAGACUGCAAAUUUAUAUAAGGAUUUCUCUUUUUUAAGGCAUUGUAUAAAAACCUACCUAUCUUUUUGUUGUUCUCCUUUUUCCCUUUUUGUUGGAGUACUUUCCAAGGAGGAACUACUUAAAAUUUGAACUACCUCUUCAAUAUUCUGUUGUCAGAGAGAAAUACUUCAAUUCAAGAUACUGAAGUAAAACCGUGCACAACAAUGUAAUAACUUUUAAUGAGUGAUGUACAUUUACAUCCUACCUGUACAUCAUCAUGCCACCUGACUUCAGGUAAAUCAGAAUCAGAAUCUGAGGUAUGAAAGAGCAAAAAAAAAGUCCCAUUGUAACAAAAAGACCUGAAUGCCACUGUUUAAAAACGUGAAAAGUUUCCCACUGACAUAAGAUAGACAACAUUGGCUUUGAAGUGUCGCAAGGAUUUGAGGGUUUCUUAACUGUUGCAUUUUACUCGUGAUCACAAAAAAGAGACUCGUCAGAAAAUAACAAUAAAAUAAUCCACCUUUGUUCGGAGGAAAGUGUAAUACUGGCAAUAUUAAACUACAGUAGCUAUAGAGUUAAAGUUAUCGAAUUGGUGAUCUUUAGCUUUAAUAGAUAAAAUACUCCCAGCCAAUUAGCGAAGAAGGAGACAAAGACUUGAAAUAAGUCGGAAUAAAACAUCAUCCCUACAUUUAGUUUCAAAAAGUAUGACACAUUUUCAGCAUUCAUAUCUACAUUUCUGCACCUAACAACAAUAGAAGACUGAUCAUGCGGUUAUUAAUUGUACUGCUGUUAUGAUUAUUUGAGUUAUAACCCAUUUUGUGCAUAGAUCGACUUACAACAAACGAGUAAACAUUUCUGCAUUCGGUUCAAUACGGCAUAGGCUACAAAAACAACAGAUCAGGAGGAACUGAAAUCACAAAGAUCCUAAUCUUGUUGAGGAAAUGUAUACAACUUGUCCUCUGAUUUGUUGAUGUUCAAGUAUGUUCAGUUUACUAUGGUGUAAAAUAUUACUGCAUUACAAUGAAUACUCACCUUUCAGAAGAUCUAACUUCUAUCACACCUGAAAUAUAAGUUAUAGAACUAUUAGUACUCCGAGUUUUUUGGUCAAAAUUGGCACUUGUUUAGGAUUAAAUUCACUUGUGUUGACAGUAAAGACUCACCAGCCAUGUUUUCGCCUCUUUGCACGUGGUGUGUUCCUUUCUGUUAUUUCCAGUGCCUCUCUGCCAUUUUUCUGCCGUCAUCCCGCCAUUUUGGAUUUUUGUGGAGGUUACCGCUGACAACUCGUUCCCAGACUUCCGUUCCCCGUUCCCCCGCUCCCCGCUCCCCGCUCCCCGCUCCCCGUUCCCCGUUUUAGUAACAUCCAUUUGAGAUGUCAUGCUUUACUCCAGCACUUCACUUUCCAUUGGAAACUAUUUGGUCUUGUAAGCAGAAUAGAAAAGAGCGGUACUGGGGACAACUAUUUUGGCAAAUGGAAAGGGACAUUUCGGUCCGACCGACCGAAAUGACGGGCGCGAUCCAUUCAACCAAAAUUCAGACCGGUCCGACCGGGAAAAGAGGACCACCUCAAAAGGUGGACCUGUUUUUUCGAAACUUUUCCGGUUGGACCGAACCGAUCCAUUGAGUUUUGGACCGAAAUUUCCGGAAAUUUUGGUUGAAUGGAUCGCGCCCGACCAGACCGGUCACAGUGGACCACCUUCAAAGCUAGUCCCGAAUAUUCCUAUCGGACCAAACCGAAAUGGGCCGUUCCAUUUGAUGUACUACCGGAAUUUUGGGUUGAAUGGAAAGCGCCCUGAAAACCAGAUUGUGGGAGUCGGAAGCAGAUGCGGAAGGAUAAGCCAAUCACAAUGCACGUUCCCACGCUUUGUUAUUGGCCGGUUUGGUUCUUCUGCUUCCGACAAUCUGGUUUUCACUGGAUCAUAAGUAGCCUGUUCCAGGCGUUCAGAUAGUGGGGAGCGGUGCGAAGAAAAAAGGAGCGCGAAAAAAAUAAAAGCGAGGGAGGGGGGGAGGUCAGAGAGGGAACGCCUGUUAGAUUUGUUUUAAAUAGACUCAUCCGCCCACUCAGACCGCGUCGGCUGUAGGUGGUCUUCACUUGUCAAUUAAGACUGAUGCUACAGCCCCAUACAUUUAUUAUUGUUCUUAGGAAUAAAUCAAAAUUUCUCACAUCAAAAUUAAUAUUAUGUGUACAUAAUUUUACUAAAAACCUAAUGUAAGACUUUCAGACAAUAGAGAGCGGGAUAAGUAAUUUAUUUACGGCUUGAAAACAUGAUUUGAGCGUGUACGUGACAAAAAAAUUAUGAAUCAAGUGACAAACAAAUAUCGCUCAUUUCCAUAGAAAGCCGUUUCAAUACAGAUCGUUAACUCGAGCGAUGAAAAUGCCCAACAAACGAAGGGAAAAUUUACUACUCGAUGAUUGAGUGGACCUCGUCAAUAGCGAUAGCUGCAACUUGCUUUCCAAGCUUUCCUUUGAAGUCCUUUUGUCCAUUCCUUAGACAACCACGAUUUGUGACAGCAGUACGCCUUUGAGUGAAUUUUUAAGGAUCAUACAAUUUCACAGCUUCCACUUUUAACGGCUUCAUCCACAUCUUCUCCCAUCAUUGCCGCCGCUACUCCGAUUUUGUUCAAAUGUUCCACUUGGUCUUUCAUGAUGGCAAUCAACGGAGUUACCACAACAAUCGUAAAUGGUAUUCUAUCCUGCCUUCAUUCCAACGCACGCUUUAUUCGAGGAAAAAGCUGGAAAAUAAGUCUUUUUCCAAAGCCAGUCGGUGAAAUUGCGAAGACAUCUAUCCUGCCGACUACGUGUUUUAAACAGUUCCUUUGCUCUUCGCGUUUUAGCCUCCACGUUUGGAAAGUCACUCAGCUCUGUGUUUGUUGCGAGCUCGAAUUCUGGACAGGACGUAGAGUCUGUCAUCAUCGCCAUAUCGCAUUUCUCGCUGUGAUCGAAGACGCUCCACUGUUGACAAAAACUGUCAAAAUCAACCAAUCAGAGGGUAUACCAGGAUCUGGUAUACCGGAACGCACUUCUGUUAAGAAUUCUUACAAGCGUUCCCGCACCUCUCUCCCCAGUCCCCCUCUACUUUUCAUCGCUAUCUUUACUUCGCACCGCUCUCCACUAUCUGAACGCUUGGAACAGGCUAGAUCAUAAGCGGAACGUAAGCGACGGAGUCGUAAGCGGAAUCGGAACGCUGUUUUCAGUAGAUCAUAAGGUCUACGCUUCUGAUUACGACUCCGACUCCGAGUCCGUCACUAGUGAAAACCAGCCUUAAGAGGCCGUGACUACAUUAUGGAAGUAAUGCAUACUUCGCUGCGACUGUAAUGGAACAAACCGCUUAUUCCCUUCGAUUCGCUUAUUGACCGCCAGUUAGCUGUGAGACUUGACAAGAUUCAGUUAUGCUUGGAAAUGGCUGUUACUGAAAGAGACCCGUGACUUUGAGUCGCUAGCUCAGUUCUUCUGUUUUGUGCUGGCUGUCGAUACUACUUUGUUUACAUUUAUUUUUAUAGUUUGUUGUUCACAUUUUUCUUCUUUACCCCGGCGACUAUUUCUUUUUUCUAGAAAAUAACAGUUUCUUAGAAAAAUUUAUGCAUUAUACCGAGUCUUUGUUUGACUUUUACCCAUUUGCAUUUGGUUACUAAUGGUCCGUUAGAUCAGUUAAUGUACUGUUGGGAAUUUAGGGGCGUGAAUUUGAUUAUAAGGUCGGGCAAUCCGCUGUAUAAUUAGCUACGGCCGCGGGCCAUCAACCUUUUAAUUUCAGACAUAGUUCAGUUGAUUCUCAAUUUCCUUUGUCUCCUAGGUAGGUGGGAGACAAAUGGAAUUGAGAAACAACCUAGUUGAAAAAGUGACCUGAAAUCAAAUUUGAGUUUGAUAUAAAUACUGAUUAUGAACACUAAGUCACUCAGAAUGCAUGCCAUAUUAUGUUAUUGAGUUUUACCAUGGAUGCUACAUCAAACUGAGAUUUUUCCGAACUACUGAAAAUGUGGAAGAACUGUACUUAUUAAGUGAUAAGGAGUACCUCGAAUAUAGCUAAUAUCUACAGCUUAAGCGAACUCUAUCAUAUUUUUAUGAUGAAAGCAUGACAUCUUUUACUUGUAUUCAUUUAUAGGCCAUAUAAUUAUGCAUCCUUAACUGACUGCGUUUAACGUCUGCCUCUUCAUAAUUUUCAAAGUAGAGUUUAUGCUGAUUGGAUUCUGAUCGAGAUACGAAUUAAUGCGUAGCCUGGAAUUUUCAGCUGUCUCCUAGAGUCGCAAACUCCCGAGACGUCUGAAUCAACGAGCCGCUAAAAAGCUUGAAUGAAUUGCCAAGUACAAUUAAGGAUUUUCAUGGCAACUGAAAAAUGGAUGGUUAGAAGUACUGGCGUUGGUGGCUUUAUUUUUCCUCAAAAAAGGAACCUUUGGUGCUAAUAACUCGUAGGGGGGUUCCCUAGAUGUUAUACUUGCUUUUUUGAGAAGGGCAAAUAGUAACUUUGAUAAAUAGCAGUUCUUCAAUCUCACUCCACAUUCAGCAUAAAGUUGUUCUUCUUGUAGUGCUUACUGUAUUCGCCGUAGGUUUCUGACUAUUCAGUUCUUCUUUGCAAAGUUAUAGAAGGCAUAAAAUUAAUGUUUCAUUCUAUAGAACCCUUAGCCACAAUAAAAUUACAGUUGUAAUAGCGCAUCCGAGAAUCUUGGUGAAAUAAGGCUCACCACCGAGUAGUCUCUGGUCUGUUACCUGCAGGGGUACUUACCAUGUAGGGCAACCGCAAAUUCUGGUUGGAAAAUCGAAUCUUUGCGCCAUUUGGUUUGGGAAGCCUCAGAAAAUAUGGGCUGUGUUUUGGGAUGAUGUAAUUUUUCUACGGUUUUUAGUAUGUUCACAUGAGUUGGAUAUACAUUGUAGCGGGUCUCCCACCACGUCAAAUUUUAUAGUGUCAUUUUUACGCACACGAUUUCCGGCCGGGUGGUUUGUCAGAAAUGGGUCUAAACGUUGAGCACUCGGAGUGUACAACAUCCUUUAUUUAGGUUUCAGCUUAUGAGUAUUCAUUUGGUGACUUUUUAUUUUAUCUCCAUUUUAGGGUUGCGAACAAGUUAACAAUUGACGCAAGGUCAGAUUUUUUUGCCCAUGGCGUUCCCUGUUACCAUUAGUAUUCCAGAAAACAUUUCCGGUCCAAGCGAUGGCUUCAUUAAACACGUAGAGUUUCACGGCGCAGACGAGACAAAUUUCUCCUUCACGUACAAAAAACUGGAAAAAACCCUGUUGUUUGAAUACCUGAGACGAAACGAAACAUUAAGUCACGAGCAUGUUAUGACUGUAACCUUUAAAACGCCGACGGUCCACUUCUGCGUUGACGUCUUAAAAAGCGGCAUUUUUUGCGAACAAAAACACUACCGUUUUCUUGGUUAUUCUGAAAGUCAAAUGACAGAGAAAACGUGCUUUAUGAUGCACAUUUCAGAAUCCGGAAUUCAUGAUCUCCUGUCAGAGUUUGGCGACUUCUACCAGAUAACGGAUCCCCGGUCGCGAGCAAGAAGGUACGGUUUGUUAUUUGCAACAUUUGAUAACUUACUGGAACUAAGUAGAGAUGACGUCGUGGUCGAACCAGAUGUAAAAAGUCGCUUUGGAAGACACACAUUCACUUCUGGCUGUGGGUUUAUGUAUCCGCAAUUUCAUGCCAAGUUGCAAAGUCAGCUUAAAGGUACCCGGUAUCCGGAACCAAGCGCUAUCUUAGUUCGCUACCAAGGGUUUGAAGGCACGUUAGUCCUGAAAGAUGGGCCCCCAAAUGUCAGUCACCAAGUACAGUUGCACGAGUCUAUGCAGAAACUCGACAUCCAAGAGGUGAUGAAGGAUGCAAUUACGUUUAUGUGUGUGGUGGACCAUUCUAGACCUCACGAGAAUGGUUAUCUCGACAUUCUUCUUACUAUGCUCCUAAUAGACAGAGGAGUAUUAGCUGAGUACAUCAAGAGUCUACAGAAGGGUUAUUAUAAACUUUUGAAGAAAAUGUGCAAAGAUAAAGCUUCAGCAGAUUUGUUCCUUCGCUUAACUGGACGAAACUACUCCGUGAAUCGAAAUUUGACGUCACAGCUGCGACAAGACGAGAUUGAUAAAAUGAUCGAUUAUGUCGAUGACCCAGAACAUGAACAGCCAAAACUGAAACGCGUUCCACGUACUUACAUUUUGGUACCAAAAUCGAGAAUGGUAUUCGGCGUAUGUGAUCCUCACGGCGAGUUGAACUACGACGAGUGUUACUUCAAACCAACUCUCUUCAGUGACGAAAGUGAAGAGUUCGCAGAUAAAAGCAAGGUCAUCGUGGCUUGCAUUCCCUGUCACCAUCCAGGAGAUAUACGAGUUUUGACACUCACGCAUGACAAGUCGGGAUACGAAAACCUGAAUGACUGUCUAGUGCUGCCAGUGAAAGGUCCCCGCUCACACGCUUUUGAGUGUGGCGGAAGCAAUUUCUGCGGGACCAAGUUCUUCGUCAGCUGGGAUGAAUCCCUUAUUCCCAAAGAAAACGUUAAACCGUGUUCCUAUUUACCAAGCAUCAGAGAACGUAUCUAUAUAGAAUGGGCCAAAUUUUGCACAAUACUCCUUGGACAUUCUCGUCGCAAGAAUGUAAAGGUAAGUCAAGAAGAAAUGAUCGACCAUUUUGCCACGUUCGUGGAUAACUUGCCAAAACGGAUAGACCAGACAUACAAGAGAUUUGCAAAAGCUUUUGGUCCUUCUUCAAACGAGUGUAAACAGUUGAGCAAGAUGUUUUAUCAAGCAACUCACUUGACAGUUAACGCAACUGUCCUCCAGAAAAGGUUGGCACAAGAGUUCGAGCACAAAGACCCAGCAAGAUCAAGAACUUCUUCAGGUGAUCAAUCACCGACAGAAAGAUCAGGUCUUCUGGACUCGGAUGAGGACGAAGAAACCCCGGAAACACAUUUCACCGGAAUCUUCGAAAGGAAUAAUGAAGGGUUGUUGAACCAACUCUUUUAUCAGCUCCGGAAUCGGCGUUCCUCUUGUCGUAGAAAACCUUCAUCAGCUCCUGACUAUGAAGCACUCUGGAACGAAUUUGAUGAACAAACAGCACGUUUUGUUGAAGAAAUGGAACAAGGGCAAGAUUUUAACUGA